UAAUAAAAUUAAAUUCAUCUUGCAAACUAAUAUAAAAAUCAUUAAACGCAACUUUAUUGUAAACAACUGCAGUGUGUUUAAAACAUCACUCAAAAGCUCACUCGAUAACGGUAUGUUCACGCAACGCCCACUUCAUAUUAGCCAAUCAGAGCGCAUGAAAAAUAAGCCACGCCCACAGCCUGCGCUUGAGUCGAUUCUCGGUUCGUUCGUCAGUUUUUCAGAUGCUUUAGUGGCGGUUAGGAGUGCGCGAUGACGUCGCUCGGUGAUGUUUCGAGUUCGAAUAAGUUGAAGUUUAGUGUGGAGAGUAUUUUGAGUAAAGAUAAGGAAGUGAGCAAGCCGGAGGCUCGCGCGCCGACGGAGCCUCCAUGUGCAGGGUGCGUGGCAGCGCUAUACCGGUGUUGUCGGGAUGAACCUCCAAUCCUGCAGCUGCCUCUGUCGUUGGCGUACACGCAUUUGCAUCCCGCUUUGAGGCCUACCACAGUAUACCGGCUCCCACUGACGUCAUCACCACCGCAGCAGUCAACGCCGCGCUGUGACGUCACGUCGACAGGCAAGAGGAAGCGCUCGUGGUCGCGCGCGGUCUUCAGUAACCUGCAAAGAAAGGGUCUCGAGAGGCGGUUCCAGAUACAGAAAUAUAUUACCAAGCCUGAUCGGCGGCAGUUGGCGGCAACGCUGGGGCUUACUGACGCGCAGGUGAAAGUAUGGUUUCAAAACCGGCGCAUGAAGUGGCGGCACACCAAGGAGGGCCGCGCGGGCGCUCCGGGCCGGGACCCAGAAGCACCCGACGACAACGAGGAAGUGGAUGUCGACACGCUCAGCGAUUAGGUUAUUUGAAAACUCACUGGGGCGCACACUAUGCGAAUCAUGGGUAUUUAUAGUGUGGCUGGGUCAAUGAAUAAAAAAAAAACCGGAUAAGUGCGAGUCGGACUCGCGCAC